GAACGACGCCAGCAUGCCGUACAUGCUCCACUCUGCUGGCGCCAUCGGAUGCACUGUCGUCGAGGUUGACAGCUCGCAACUCCUGGAAGAUGCUCGGAGCUGAAGGGCGACGGGAGGCGCAGGCGGGACAGUGUGGACUCGAGUCUCUGACGGAAAAUCUGCUCGGACUCGUGGAGGUGGGCAAUGAGUUGAGGGUGCAGCAAACGUUCCACGAACUCUCUAGUCGUGAGUUUCCGAACCUUUUCUUCGGACCUUUCGUCACGGAACCUCAAACGCCAACGAUAUCGCAUUGGCCACCGAGUUCCCACAUCUUACCACUACACUCUUCACCCCGCUACCCAACGCUACGUCUCCGUCCUCCCCACUUCCACCGUCCGACUUUCACCUUGCCAUCGCCAACCGGGUACCGCCUUCGACCUUGCUUGCGACCGGUAGGUACGCGUAGAACUUGGGCUGCCAUCGUGACAGCUGUUGCGAAGUCGAGGGACACGCAGAUAGCUUCGGAAGCUUGGGGCAGGACUUGGGCAGCGCUCAGAAAGGAGAAGGUAUGAGGUCGAACGGGGCUGAAUACCAGGCGUUCAAGGUUGGAUCAGGAGACGGCCACGAGGCAUGGGAUAUUCGCUGCAUUGAGGCCGUUCUUGCGAGCACUUUCUGGUUUCCGGUGGAUGAUGCUAGGAUUUCAGUGCCUUGGACAUGUUCAUGGGUACGCGAGGGAAUGAGAGCUCGCCGAA